AUGCCAGCAACUCUAAGUGAUGCGCACCAAGGAUAUCUAUUAUUCUCAGAACUGCCGAAUGAAUUGAAAGAAGAAUUAAUGAAUGUCGUGCGCGUGCCCUCAAUAUUUCUCGUCGACAGUAUAAUGCAUAAGGACGACGAAUCACUGCCUCCUAAAUAUCAGCUCACUGGCACGUACUGGCCUUUCGCGCACAUGAGUGUGUUCACACAUAAGGUCCCAGUCGAUAUCAAUGACAUUCUCCAGCGCUAUCGGGGAAAAGACGACAAGUCCAUCUUCUAUAACGAAAUGAUAAUCUUUCUGGAAGCCUUUUACCGGGCCAACAUCUUCGUCUUCCCGACCGACAUCGAGGCGUAUAUUCUCGCCAAUAUCGAUCCACAGAGCUACAACUGGAUUCAAGACAUUGCCGUAACGUCAUUAGCCAAGGCGUAUGAGCGUAAUGGGUUCUACGACAUGUGCAGCGUGUUAGCGAAGACGCACGCUCGAUCGCUGCGACGUGUCCGGAUCGAGCAACUCUGUGUGGAGGAGUAUGUCUUGGAUAGGAUUGACAUGGACACGGAUGAGGAUCCUGCGACCGUGGCCCAUCAAUUCGCGGUGGGUCUCAAAGGCUUCGUGGACAUGGUAGUCCUGCGUGCAGCGAAGCUGAUAGCCGCUACUCGACAGCACGGGUGGCGGCUUUCGGUAGAGUGGGACUACGAUGGCGAGAAGCCAAUCGUUUUCUGCCAUGAUCGAUACAGCACCUCGGAAGCGGAUCGCCUUCGCAAUCAAGCGCUACUACAGGAGAGAAUCGAGCAAGUUGGCCGCCUGCUCGAUGGGCGUGACGUGCAGAAUCUCACGCUCAAACAAAUCAAAGCAAUCAUCACGAAGGACAUGACACUCAUCCAGGAACUCGACAAGGAUGAGCUGUCGAGGUAUGAUUGA